ACUUGGUCAAGCGAGAAGAAGAAGAUCGCAGUUUUUACAAAAAUAAUACAAUGGAAGACGGUGAUGAACUGGUUAAUAAUACAAAUUUGGUUUGUAAAGUGUGUGGAGAACAACAAUUUACAUUGCGCGAAGGUUUCUUCUACUGCCAAGAAUGUGGUACGAAGCAGGAGCAAGUGCGUGCAGUGGAAGUGGAGCACGAAGAAGAUUUCACAGAGGUUAAAAAGUUGAAAAAACAAAAAAUCAAGAGCGUCAAAGCUGAAAAACCGAACCUCACCUCAUGGGAAUGUUAUAAUUAUAUACUUCGAGGUCUAGUCAAUGAUUUACUAUCAUUUGGUGCUAAAGAAGAGCUGAAAUUAAUGACACUUCAACUAUGGGCUGCUUACUUGCGACGCAAUGAAGUAGCUUUUUUCAGUAGAAAACGUGUUGAACUACCAAAAUUAGGCGUCCGCUACUUGCAGAGGGAUGCAUCUGCAUUGUACAAUCAUGCACUGCAACGUCGCGCACAAAAACGUAAGCGACGAAGAACUGAUGACUCUGGCACGUCUCUAGUAAGUAGCGAAACGGCUAGCAAUCGUGCAUUUCGAAAAAGUCGACGAAAAUUGGAUGAAUCCACUUAUAGUCUACACUCAUCUAUGAACUCUACUGAUUAUUCACAAACAUCAUGCUCUUCGGCGAAUACCUCAAGCACUGGUACUACAGGACGUGCAAUCAAACUACAAUUUUCAGCACGCGCACGAAAACAACUUAAAAAAAUGAUGCCAGUAAAACACAUUGAAAAACAUGCCCUAGAUGCUGAAGGCAAUUUAAAAUGUCACAGCUUGAAACCACUAGCUAGAUCCAUUAACCGCACAGAGCAUGCUUUACUUACAAUGAAUACUCGACAAAUCUAUACAAUUAUAGCUAUUGCAUUGAACUUAAUCGGCGAUGAUAUUCAAUUGUGCGAUUUGGUGCGAUUCAUCGACGAGGAGCAUGUUAGCACAAAAAAUGUAUUGGAAUAUUUUCCGGAGAAUAUUGCACCGCAUUGUAAACAAAUUUUACAGGAAAUACAAUUUUACAAAUAUCCAACCAAAUAUAGCGAUAAGGCACUACGUGAACACAUUGAACAACUAUCGAAGUUUAUAAAUAUUAAGACAUUCAAUCAACCAGACUUGAUUAAGCUAACCGAACGAUAUGUUACUGAAUUAAAUUUGCCUGCAGAUAUAACAACUUAUAUUGAACGGUUAAUAAAUUUACUACCACCACAUAUGCGUACACGCGUUAUGUAUGUCUAUCCGGCCUAUGAGGCGCGUGCGAUGGCAUAUAUCAUAUUUGUAUUGAAAUUAUUGUUCGGUUUGGAUGGUCACACCGAGAAGCAAUUAUCACAUGCUGCCCGAAAAACGAAUCAAAGUCUACAUAAUCUGUCUUUAAAAGGGCGCGGCUCGAAUGCCAAUCUCACACCAUUGCCAUCACUUCUUGUGUGGGAUGAUUGGGUGGAAUUUAUAGAAAUGCGCAAAGUAAUAGUUGCGCAUUAUAACUCGAACUUUUGCCGCCAGUUCAAACAAUGCCAAAGCACCGCACAAAUUUUGGAAGAAAUGGAGGAGGAACAGCGUACACGAAUGGAACAAGCCGCACAUACUAUAGAAGGUGACGCAAUGGAGAAUAAUUCAAAAAUCGCUACUAUGCAUCGCAUAUUCCAACAGUUUGUGGACGAACUUAACAGCACAUUGCCAACGGAGCGCAAAGAUGUUAUAAAAUUUCCACCCAGUCUAACUCCAGCACAUUCAUAUUUCAAACGUAUACUAUUACAUUGCUCCAAUGCCGGUGAGAAUGCUACUUACAAGAUACCCGAAUUUAUGCGUAUCGAUUACAUGCAGCGCACCUUAGCGCCAUAUGUACAUGCGAAGGAGUUGAAGGAAUUCUUCAAUCAACACAAAUGGCAAUUGGAUGUGCGACGUGUGCCAUGCGCCAAAGAGCGCAAUUGUGUUGGCUUAUUUCGACCAUCUGCCGAAAAUAAGGGGCGUGUAAAACAUGAUAUAGGCAACAAGAAGGCCGAUUUUGAUAUAAGCGAAGAGCAAUGGUUGGCAACCAUUAAAGAAGAGGAACUUAUUGAGGAGCUGGAAUUUAAUACACAAUACGCUUACUACGAAAAGAAUUACGUAAAAAAGAUGCAGGUUGAAGCCAUGAAACGACAACAGGCUGUAAAUGUUGCACCUUUUGAUGCGCCGAACGUAAGCAUAGAGACUGAUUUAAAUAAAAAUCAAGUGCCAUGUGUCGGCGAUGUAGAUAAUGAGAAUUCUAUACCAUCGCCGCCCGUUCAAACAUUAACAGCAAAUGAUGAACUUGAUGUAUCCAAAUUACCGUCGAUUAGUGCUUUUAGUGAAUGUGAUAUGGAACCAAUUAAAGUAUCGAAUUUGCCUCUAGCCUUAGAACCACGCCGAGGACUAAACCGCGUAAAUCUGUUCGCUGAGCUCAGUGAUGACGAGGAAGACAUAGUAGAGAGUAGUGAAGUUAAUUCUAAUAUGACUGAAGAUGAAAAUGAACGUAAAUGUACAUUACUCACUUCCAAUAUGGAUUGUUGGACUCUAUUGGGUUAUUCACAUAAUCUAACUAAUUGUCAGAAGAAAAUAUUAGAAAGUAAAUUUCCACGUACAUUCUUUUGGUUACUCGAAACUUGCGCACAAUCCAUCAAUGUCGAUUGGUGUAUAAUCUAUGAGGAGCUAAUAACCAUAGAGUUAAUGUUUGCUUAUGGCAUUGAGGAUUUGAAUGAGUUUCAAGAUUGUGUACGAUUUAAAUAUAAUAAUCCUAUUAAAGAUUUUAAUAUGUUGAUUAAUUCGUACAGAGAAUUAUGGUAAAAGUGAAUUUUAUAAAUUUCCAUGUUAUGUUUUCUGCAUUUUUCUUAUAAGCGUUAAGUUUACAAGUAGAUAUUUAUGUUAUGUAAUGUGAAAUAAUAAAAUCACAAAUAUUCCAACUACUCUAGUAGUUUGCUUUUAAUCGGCUUUACUGUAUUCUAACUUUAUUUGUAUAUCAAUUUCUCGGGUGUUGUAUACCAAAUAUUGCAUAUGUAUAUACUAUAUAGUCAUACAUAUGUAAAUACGUACAUAAUUGUUUUGUCUAUUAUCAAGUUUAACAAAUUGUUGCUAGUAAAGUCGAUAUUUAUUAAAUUAAUUAGUUAAUUUCUAACAUAAUUUAUUUUGUAAAUCUUUAAAUUUGCAAUUGUACACCAGCUGUGACAGUGUGGCAUUUGUUUAUUUUAGUCUAAUAUCUCUUAAUGAACCGCAUUCAUGUACAUAUAUAUAAAUACGUAUAUGCAUACAUAUGUAUGUUUGAUGUGUAACGUAAAAUGUACACAAAUCGUAAAAAAUCACAACAAACCGGAGAGUAAUUAAAACAGAAAUUUUAUAAAUAACGCAGCGUAGAACCAGGCAACAGUUGAUCUCUUCUUUACGGGAGAGAAAGCACCAGAGAGAAAGAGUAAACUUUUAAAUUAACAAAAAAAAAGUGCAAGGAGAGAUCUGCCCAUACG